AUGUCAAUUGCAAUGGCCGCCCACGACGGGCCCGCGCCGCCGACGAUCGACGAGGACGAGUCCCCCCCGCCCGAAGGCCUCCAGCUCCAGCCCCCCAUCCGAGUCCUCCCCGACUCCAACCUCAUCACGCUCCCCGACCUUGCCUGCCACCUCCACCACCUCGCCGGAGACUGCGGCCCCUUCGCCCCGCCUGAUCAUCCCCGCUCGGCCGGGGCCCCACCGCCCAUCAAGGCCGACCCCGGAUGCAGACCGCCCGCGUACGCGGCUGGUCUGCCCACCCUCCCAUCCUCCCCCCCAACAACAACAACUCCCCAUCCCCUCCCCCUCCCCCUCCUUCUUCUUCUCCGCUUGCCGCCGCAGAAACUGCUUGCGGGGCACCCUGGUCGGGGCGGCAGGGGUUUGCUCCGAUGGUACCGCAUGGCCAGGGAGGCGCUGCGCUGUGGGUAG